CAUUUUCUUCAUUUUCCUGUCUUCCUUCGACGCGGGGUUUUUUCUUCUUGGGAUAGAUUGAUCUGGUGAACAGAGUUUUUAUUCUUCUUUAAAUGAUCCGCUAGUGUUUCAAGAUUUAAACCUUUUUUUUUCCUAUAUCCCCUUUCCUGUUCUCUUCUCGUCUCUCACUCUCUCGCUAUUGGAACCAUUUAUAUAUACUAUCGUGGUGUAUACCUGCUCUAUACCUUUUUUCCUCCACAAAGAGGGUACAUUAUAUCCACAUCCACAUUCGAUUCAUUUUAUUCUACUCCCCUUUUUUUCUUCGUAUACUCCAUAUCUCAUUAAAGCAUAUCGGAAAGCUUGGCUUGGGGAUUUUAGCGUAGAAGCAAAAAAGACAUUCGAAAGCUGAGGGUAAAAAGAAAAAGUGAAUAUGCGCUUCUCAGUGGCUCGCCUCCUGGUCAGUGCCUUGAUUGGCACUGCCGGCGUCCAGGCAGUUUUCCCCCGGCCUGAAGCCUCUGAGGUCUCAUCGGCACUAUCACCGUCAUCGACAGCUUCUUCUUCGUCUGCAUCAUCAUCAUCACAAGUCUGCAACAACUCACCGGUGCUAUGUGAUCGCCAUUACGACGACAUCACUUACAUGGGUGCCCAUGACAGCGCCUUUCUGAGAGACGCCAGCACUGGGAACUCUGUCGCCGGCAACCAGUUCCAGAACGCCACAUUCGCUCUCGAUGCCGGACUUCGCUUUCUUCAGGCUCAGGUUCACAAUGAGAACGACACUCUCCGCCUGUGCCACACCUCGUGCGGUCUUUUGGAUGCCGGCCCUCUGGAGAACUGGCUCGCGGCCAUCAACGACUGGGUGGUUGGCCAUCCGUCAGAUGUCAUUACCCUUCUGCUGGUCAACUCCGACAACGCGGAUGUGUCCAAGUUUGCAGAUGCUUUUGACCAGUCGGGCAUUGACAAGUUUGGAUUCACCCCUACUUCCAAGACUGAUUGGCCCAGUCUGAGUCAAAUGAUUGCCAAUGACACUCGCGUCGUGUCUUUCAUUACCAACAUUGAUGCGUCUACUGCCAGCCCGCACCUCUUGCCCGAGUUCGACUACGUCUUCGAGACGCCCUUUACAGUCCUCGAGCUGAAUGGCUUCAACUGCACCGUCGACCGACCCUCCAACGCCGGAACAGCUUCCAACGCCUUCUCAAAGGGCUUCAUGGGCCUCAUCAACCACUUCAAGGACCAGGAAAUCGUCGGCGACGUCUUCAUCCCCGACACAAACACCAUCAGCCUCGUCAACAGCGCCGCCACCAACGCCACCGGAAACCUCGGCCUGCACAUCCAGCAGUGCAACCAGCAAUGGAGCCACCGUCCCAGCUUCGUCCUCGUCGAUUUCUGGGACCAGGGAACAACCGUCAAGGCCGCGGACAACAGCAACGGAAUCAACGAUGCCACUGGCCGGUCCAGUGUCGCCAGCAACUCAAACGGCUCGUCUUCCGCAGACGGC